AUGGCUAGCAAAGAGGCAGGCCCAGCUCCGGGUGACAGGUCGGGCAACGCCGCGACGGCUGCGAUUCCGAGCGAACGGCGCUGCGUCCAGUCCCAGACGGCGCAGCACAGCGCAGCACAGCAACAGCACAGCACAGCAACAGCUACGAACAACGAGGAUGCCGCUCCAGGAACCGGUGCUAUCCAGAACAAGGCCCCGGCGCUAGGACCCGCGGUUGGCAGUGGUGGAUCGCAGGCUCCAGUCAUGCCAUGCAAGCGAGGGAAAAACGCUUGCAUGCUCAUGCUCUGCUCUGCUCUAGAUGAGUCUCAAAGUCUCAUCCUCGACCUUGCUGCCGUGUCUCCGUCCCGCGCACGAGGCUUCGGUCGGCGAGAGCCGGGAUCGAGGCGUUGGGGGGAGGCGUCUGUGAGCCAGACAUGA